AUGAAUUGUUCAGAUCUGUUUAUGUUCUUAGCUCUUGUCCAUAUAUAUGAUAAUCUACGUGUUUUGACUUUCUUUCUACUUGAUGACGUUCUUUCUACUAGCUGGUUGGAUGCCAUGAAAUCUUCUUCCCCCGCGGAAUAUAAUGAUAUAAAGGCAAUGAGUUUUCACCGAAUGAUGCGGGCUUACCACAAUUGGAUGCUUAAGUAUCCAUCUGCGCUUACGUCCAUUGAACAGAUUGUGAAUAACGUGAAGGGGAAGAGGAUUGCAUUGUUUCUAGAUUAUGAUGGGACACUGUCCCCGAUUGUCGACAAUCCGGAUCAUGCCUUCAUGUCUAAUGCUAUGCGUGUUGCUGUUAGAAAUGUAGCAAAAUGCUUUCCGACAGCAAUUAUUAGUGGCAAGAGCCGUGAAAGGGUACGCAAGUUUGUAGGACUGAAAGAACUAUAUUAUGCUGGUAGUCAUGGGAUGGACAUAAUGUGUCCGGUUCAGUCUCCAGCAGCUGAUCAUACCACUGAGGUACCGAAUUAUAUUUUUUUGCGUAACUAUGUGAAUCCAACCAUUUUCCAUAUAUUCAGGAAAUUUGUCCCAAUGAUCAAUGAGGUUAAACGUUCGUUACUUAAACUUAACAAACGGGCGCAUUCAUUUCCUCAACGAAUGAACACGAACAGAAAUUUUGUUCGGUUUAAGUAG